UGGAUGCAUUUUAGAUUGGAUGCAGUUGGAUCGUAUAAUCUGGAGGUGGAUAUUGGUGAUCGCCGUGGCUUCAGCACCUAUACGCUUCGAGAAGUGCCUAUAUUUUUGGUCGAUGCAUUCCGAUUGCUACGACAGCAUGGAAUGACCGUUGAGGGUAUUUUCCGGAAGGAGGGAAAUGUGAAUCGAAUUAAAAAUGUUUGGAUCGAAUGCCGAUACGAAGGUAUGGAACGUGUGAAUAAGCUUUUGGAGGUGGUCAGGGAAUUACCUCCGGGACACUUGGGAACACUUUCAUUUCUGAUGCGUCAACUCAAAUAUGUACGUAAACAUCAUCGAUUGCUUGCUUGA